CAAUAUAGCACCCGGAACAUUCUGCAACACUGAUGAACCUAAAGAAAUGGACGACUACGAUCCUGGCACGCGACGAGCUACCAGAUGAAUGCAAUAAGGAGGAUAAUCCAAUGAGAGACAGAAUCAAGACCUUGUUGCUCGUGGCUCACCAAUUUAUGAGCACAUGCUUAAAUGAAUUGUCGAUCGAAUUUGUGACAUCGAUUUUCGAGGGAAUGAUCGAUACAUCAGCUACGUUAUUGUCCGUAGAGACUCUACUACACCCGAAGAAAUGGUCUACUGGAGCGAUUCAGAAGAUUUGGAACGAGACAAUGAUGGUGAAGUCUUCAGAUAUGACAACACUAUACCUACAGCUGAGGAAAAAUAUGACGACCUCAUUAACGAACUUAGACAUACGUUGCGUUCUAAAUUUGUCUCUGGCAUCCAUAGUAUCAUUGUGCCGAGUGGAGCUGGCGGAGUUCGUAAGUGUCUGCGAGAAUUGGACCAACUUAUUAAUCGGUACCCUCCUAACCACUUCUUCAUCGUCUCGGAACACGGAGACCACGUCCACCUCAGCUACAUAUGCCCAUACUCAGGGAGAACUUGUCGGUGCUCCUUCCUCGUUCGAGGAACAUUUUGGAGCAGAUACGUCAACUUCGUCGGGUUACUCAAGUCGUCGAGCUCAAAACAGACGAUUGGCGACACAUACUGCGAUACUUAUCUGA